CCUCGUGCGUUGGGCGGGGCCCCAUCGAGGAUUCGCCACGUUGCCGCCCGUGGCCGCCGAUCCGAGACAUCUGUAUGGUUAUACCAUCGUUCGCCUCCGAAAGAAGGCGGCGCCCGCGCCGGCCAGGAGGCCCAGGGUGGCGGCCCCAGCAGCGCCAGCUCCUGCAGCUGCGAAGGCAGGUCGCAAGGCUGCCGCAGCGAAGGAGCCGGCGCCAGCGCCAGCCCCGGCCGCGAAGGCAGGGCGCAAGGCUGCCGCCGCGAAGGAGCCGGCGCCAGCCCCGGCCGCAAAGGCAAGGCGCAAGGCUGCCGCCGCGGAGGAGCCAGCGCCAGCCCCGGCCGCGAAGGCAGGGCGCAAGAAGGCUGCCGCCGCGGAGGAGCCAGCGCCAGCCCCAGCCGCCAAGGCAGGGCGCAAGGCUGCCGCCGCGAAGGAGCCGGCGCCAGCCCCGGCCGCAAAGGCAAGGCGCAAGGCUGCCGCCGCGGAGGAGCCAGCGCCAGCCCCGGCCGCGAAGGCAGGGCGCAAGAAGGCUGCCGCCGCGGAGGAGCCAGCGCCAGCCCCGGCCGCGAAGGCAGGGCGCAAGAAGGCUGCCGCCGCGAAGGAGCCGGCGCCAGCCCCGGCCGCCAAGGCAAGGCGCAAGGCUGCCGCCGCGGAGGAGCCAGCGCCAGCCCCGGCCGCAAAGGCAAGGCGCAAGGCUGCCGCCGCGGAGGAGCCAGCGCCAGCCCCGGCCGCGAAGGCAGGGCGCAAGGCUGCCGCCGCGGAGGAGCCAGCGCCAGCCCCGGCCGCCAAGGCAAGGCGCAAGGUUGCCGCCGCGGAGGAGCCGGCGCCGGCCGCGCCAGCGCCAGCCCCGGACGCGAAGGCAGGGCACGGGGCUCCAGCGGCGAAGGCGCCAGCGCAGGCGCUAGCCCCACAGGCGCGAGCUGCCGCGCCCGCGCCCGCGCCCGCGCCGGCCGAGGAGGUCGACGGCUCGGAGCCCGUGGAGGAGGAGGGUGGUGACGACGAGUCGGAGGGCUUCAGCAUCCUUGAGGGGCUGAGCGCGUUGGAAGACGAGGAGGCUCAGGAGGAGCGGGACGCCGUGGACGACGACCUCGGCGUAGAGCUGACGGGGUGGCCAGAGGGCGGCAGCGUGGUCGACAGGGUGCGCUCGGAGGCUGAGAAAAUACGGCUGGAGCACUCCGAGGCCCUGCAGCAGGGCAGGCGGAAGGGGCACGAGACUGUGCUGCUCCACGCUUCCAUGCAGUUUCUGUUUCCUUCCUACCUGCGGAAUCCAGACGGCCGCUUCAAUGGUACUUACGUCGAUCUGACCUUCGGCAGGGGCGGCCAUAGCAGGGAAAUCCUGAGGCGGCUCAGCCCGCAUGGCCGAUUGGUCGCCUUCGACGUGGACCACACCGCCCAGGUGCAUGGCCUCGCGCUGGCGGCGCAGGACCCGCGGUUCACGUUCGUGAUGCGGCCCUUCGCGGAGGUCGCGGAGGUGAUGCGCGGCACGGUGGUGCACGGCGUCAUGCUCGACAUCGGCGUGUCCAACCCGCAGCUGGACGACUACUCGCGGGGGUUCUCCAUGAACCACCUGGGGCGGAGGACGCUGCCGUUCGACCUGCGCAUGAACCCCAGGGGCGGCGUGUCGGCCUCGGAGUGGCUCGCGGGCGUCACGGUCGAGGAGCUCGCCUGGGUGUUCCGCGAAUACGCUGGGACCAGGGUCAACGACAACCCCGACGACGGCAAUCUGGUUGCGGAGCGCAUGGCGCAGGCCAUCAUCGAUGAGCAGGAGGCCAACGGGCCAUACAAGACCAUCAAUCGCUUCGCGGAGGUCGUGGGCAAGCUGAUCCUGGUCGCCAGGGGCGACCUCAAGGACACCGAGGGCUUCGAGCACACGGCCAGAGGCAAAGAGCACCCGGCGAAGAUGUGGGUCGCGGCCAUCCGCACGUUCCUCAACGACGAGGCCAUGCAGCUGGAGGCCGUGCUGCCCGCGGCCAUGGAGAGCCUCGCCGUCGGCGGCCGCUGCCUCAUCGCGGUGUUCAAGCCCGGCGAGGCGGAGGCGGUGAGGCAGUUCGCCCUGGCGCACGCGGAGCCGCCUCCGUCGGAGGCGGCACGGCUGACCGGGCGGAGGCUGCGGGAGCUGUACCCGCUGGCCGGCACGUCCGCAGACUUCUCCUGCCAGCUCGUCGUCAGGGGCCUGAGGCCCUCGGGGCAAGAGGUCACCGUCAACAACCGAGCGCGGUCCGGGGCCCUGUGGGUCCUCGAGAAGGCGGCCAGGACCCUGCCGCGCGUGAAGGCGAGGCCGCGGCCAGCGAAGAGCCGCUUCAAGAUGCCGCCGAGGCCGCUGCUGGGAGACGGGCUGCCGGACCGCCCCGACCUGCAGCUGUUCUGAGGAGGCGGGGCGUCGGACGGCGUGAGGGCUGCGGGGUGCUCGGCUCGUCGGGUCGUCCUCCGC